CUACUCCUUUCCCCGCUUCCCUGUCCUACAUUCAUAAAGCUAUAAAUAACUCUCUCUUUCUCUCUCUUUGGCUUUUCCUCCAUCGAACACGAGUUAGAUAUCUACACUUUCCUAAGCUCCCAGCAAUCAAUCUCGCUAUUCUAGGGUUUCCUCUCCUGCUUGAUCAUUUUGUUUUGCCUCUCAUAAUUUAAAUUCAAUUUGUAAUUUGUGCCUUUUAAGUUAAGAGUUGAAGGGGAGGAUUUUUUGUUGUUAUGGACUCGGAGGACGAAAUGCUGAUGCACGACGCCAACGACGCCGAGUCCCUCGAUGAUGACUUUUACAGUGGCGAUGCUGCCGACUCCGACGACGCUGACGUCACCAUGGAUUACGACUUCAUAGACAAUGAUUCCGAUGAUUCCGAUGACCUACCCUCCUACCACCGCUCUCAGCCAAACUAUACGGUCUUGGCUGAAGCUGAUAUAUGUCAGCGUCAAGAGGAAAAUAUUACGCAGGUAGCUGUGGUUCUUUCAAUAUCAAGGAUAGCUGCUAGUAUUCUUCUCCGCCAUUAUAACUGGAGUGUCAGUAAAGUAAAUGAUGAGUGGUUUGCAGAUGAAGAAAAAGUUCGGAGGCUGGUUGGCUUGUUAGAGUAUCCGGUUCAACUUCCUGAUGCGAAAGAGCUGACUUGUGGAAUCUGCUUUGAGAAUUAUCCUCGGGAUAUGAUGCGGUCUGCUGCUUGUAGCCAUCCAUUUUGUGUCACCUGUUGGCAAGGAUAUAUUAGCUCGUCAAUAAAUGACGGUCCUGGAUGCUUGAAUUUACGAUGUCCUGAUCCCUCUUGUGGCGCCGCUGUUGGUCAAGAUAUGAUUAAUUCAUUAGCUCCGACAGAGGAAAAAGAGAAGUAUAACCGCUACUUUAUUAGAUCCUUCAUUGAAGACAACCGGAAGACAAAAUGGUGUCCAGCUCCGGGGUGUGAAUAUGCUGUUGAAUUUAUGGUUGGAAGUGGAAGCUAUGACGUGACCUGCCGCUGUUCAUAUAGUUUUUGCUGGAAUUGUACUGAGGAAGCCCAUCGGCCUGUUGAUUGUGGAACCGUAGCCAAAUGGAUAUUAAAGAAUAGUGCUGAGUCUGAAAAUAUGAACUGGAUAUUAGCAAAUUCGAAGCCUUGUCCAAAGUGCAAGCGUCCAAUUGAGAAGAACCAAGGCUGCAUGCACAUAACAUGCACGCCACCUUGUAAAUAUGAAUUUUGCUGGCUCUGUCUGGGUGCAUGGACUGAUCAUGGCGAGAGAACUGGCGGUUUUUAUGCGUGCAAUCGCUAUGAGGCAGCCAAGCAAGAGGGAGUGUAUGAUGAAGCUGAGAAGCGUAGAGAAAUGGCUAAGAACUCCUUGGAAAGAUAUACACAUUACUAUGAAAGAUGGGCCACCAACCAAUCGUCUAGGCAAAAAGCUCUUGCAGACCUAAGCCAGAUGCAGGCUGUUCAUCUUGAAAAGCUUAGCAACAUACAGUCUCAACCGGAAUCACAGCUCAAGUUUGUCAUAGAGGCCUGGCUACAGAUAGUUGAAUGUAGGAGGGUGCUAAAAUGGACAUAUGCAUAUGGAUUUUAUCUGCCAGAACAUGAACAUGCCAAAAGACAGUUCUUUGAGUACUUACAAGGUUGGUGUUUCUUUCCCUGGGGUUGAAUCAUUAUUCUGUUUUUUCUUGCUUUUCUGAGGAAUACAAAUGUGUAGGUGAAGCUGAAUCUGGAUUGGAAAGGCUUCAUCAGUGUGCUGAGAAAGAACUUCAAGGUUACCUCAACGCUGAAGGUCCAUCAAAGGACUUCAAUGAGUUCCGAACAAAGCUGGCAGGCCUUACCAGGUUGGAACUAAUCUUGUAUUUUGUUACAAUUCUUUGAUCACUUUCAGAAGCAACUAAUUCUCGAUCUUUGUCGCUGAAUAAGAAGGGAGUGAAAAUGCUGCUUUUGUUAUGUUUGUGACAUAUUGUAUUAAUUUCACCACUAAUCUGCUGGUGGCCCAGGACAAUGCCAUUAGACAUUAUGAUUUCUAAAUUUGCUGAGCAUCAUCAUGUAUGCUUGGUGUCUCAAGUCACCCUUAAAUUACUUUGUUUAAGAAGUAUGCCGAGAAACUUUGAUGUUUUGUGUUGAAUUAUUAUCUAUUUUAUAAGAUCUCUUCUGUAACGAUGUUAGUACUAUUGAUCGUUUUUGCAUAUAUCAAAAAAGAUGUCCCUUCUUUUUUACCUUUUUCUGGAAAGUCUACGCGAGCUUCUAGAUCGUGAUUUGUGCUGCUCUUAGUCUGAGGCCCUUUCUGCUCUAUACGUUGCAUUAAUCCUCACUUCCUGUUGGAUUUUGGGAUCUCAGUUGAUUUUUACUUUCUUUGCUUCGUAUUAGCAUCAUGCGAGAAUAUAGUUUUUGCCUGAUGUGUGUAACCUCAUUGCAGCGUGACACGCAACUACUUUGAGAAUCUGGUUCGUGCUUUAGAAAAUGGUCUUUCGGAUGUGGACUCUCAUGGUACCUGUAGUAGGGCAGCUAGCUCCAAAAGUUUAGGACCUAGUAGCAGCAAAGCUAGAGGAAGUAAAGGGAAAGGUAUAGCAUCAAAGUCAGGUAGCUCCAAGAAUAUUGAUGAUUCGGGACACUGGUCGUGUGAGUACUGCACUUAUGCCAAUGCUAAGUCGUCUACCAUUUGCCAAAUGUGCCAGCAACGUCGUUGACAUCCUGUUUCCAGAGUCCUUGUUACGGAAAAAACUGGUUAAGGCCAAUUUGUCGGGUUGCCAAAAUGGAGAUGUUAGAAACCGUGAAGGCAAUGUUAAGUCUUCCGAGUGGCUGUCAUAAUGGUGACUAAUACCGAUGUAGACAGGACUGAAGGAGACGGAGUCAGUCUCCGAUAGAAAGGUCUGCUCACUGUAUAUAGUUGGAUGUCUGUACCUUGUACUUUCUUUGAAGAAUUGAAGAUCCACAGUCUCAGUUUGACGUGGAAUCUUAAUUCUUUCAAAAUAGACAAAAAAAAAAAAAAAAAGUAGAUGUCGAAUGUUUUUGUUGUUGUAUGUUUAAUAUUAUCAUCUUCUUGCUAUGCACUGGUUAUUACUAAAAUAAUAGUAAGUCUUAGGGUUAAGGUUCUAUAAUUAAAGCAACUCGCUGUAAUAAUAUACUAACAUUCACUUGUUUCUUUAGAGCAGCACUUCUGGCAGAAACCCAAGCCUAGAUGUGUUCAUGGGCUAUCUUCCAUGCCAAUGCAUCGUCUUAUUCUGUUACCAGAGAGAUACGUUCUCCCACUUCUUCUCAAUUCUCAAAGGACCAGUGGGGAAAUCAGAAUGAAAGUUGAGGCAGCAAAUCCAAGCUAUAUACUAGCUCAUAUGCAAAGUCGUACUAAUUGCAUCCAAAAUUACGAAGAUUUACUAAUUGCAUUUUUUUUUUAAAGAAAACCCAUAUUAGUUCAGACAUGUCACAUUAAAACUUUGUAUCAUGCAAAUUAAAAUUAGUCAUCAGGACGUUAACUGACACCAGCACUAUUGAACUCCCAUGUUAAGAGUAAUGCAUAUUGUCCCCUGCUUCAAACAUUCAACUAACUCGCU